AGGCCGUGGCUUCCGGCGCAAGGCCCAGCGAUCUCUCUGCCUAGGCCGAAUGGCGGCCCCGCUGCUCCACACGCGCUUGUCGAGCGACGUGGCGGCUACGGGCUCUGCCACGCUGAGUGCGUCGCGGACUGGGCUUUCAAACAUGCUUGCAUUAGAGAGUGAUUUCUUCAGUUCUCCCCCAAGAAAAACUGUUCGGUUUGGUGGAACUGUGACAGACGUCUUACUGAAGUACAAAAAGGGUGAAACAAAUGACUUAGAGUUGUUGAAGAACCAGCUGUCUGAUCCUGAUAUAAAGGAUGAUCAGAUCAUUAACUGGCUGCUGGAAUUUCGUUCCUCUGUCAUGUACUUGACAAAAGACUUUGAGCAACUUAUAAACAUCAUAUUGAGAUUGCCCUGGUUGAAUAGAAGUCAGACGGUGGUGGAGGAGUAUUUGGCUUUUCUUGGUAAUCUUGUGUCAGCACAGACUGUCUUCCUUAGACCAUGUCUCAGCAUGAUUGCUUCUCAUUUUGUACCUCCCCGAGUUAUUGUCAAGGAAGGUGGCAUUGAUGUUUCAGAGUCUGAGGAUGAAGAUGACAAUCUUCCUGCAAAUUUUGACACAUGUCACAAAGCCUUGCAAAUAAUAACAAGAUAUGUCCCUUCGACACCAUGGUUUCUAAUGCCAAUACUGGUAGAAAAAUUUCCAUUUGUGAGGAAAUCAGAGAGAACACUGGAAUGCUAUGUUCAUAACCUAUUAAGGAUAAGUUUAUAUUUCCCAACGUUGAGGCGUGAAAUUCUCGAGCUUAUUAUUGAAAAGUCACUCAAGUUAGAUGUGAGUGUGUCGCGGCAGGAUAUUGACGAUGCUGAAGAGACAGCAGCUCAGACUUAUGGUGGGACAGACGCCGCAGAAGGACUGUUUAAUAUGGAUGAAGAUGAGGAAACUGACCCUGAGAAGAAAGCUGAGCAGGAGCGGCCUGGCCGGAUGGCUCAUCCCACUGCAGAGCGCCUGGACAUCCUGCUGUCCUUGCUGCUCUCCUACAUUGACGAUGUCUGCCAUGUGCAAGGUAAAAUUGAUAACAAUAAAACAAAGGAUUUAUAUCGUGAUCUGAUAUCUAUCUUUGACAAACUUGUGUUGCCCACACAUGCCUCCUGCCAUGUACAGUUCUUCAUGUUUUUCCUUUGCAGCUUCAAAUUGGGGUUUGCAGAAGCAUUUUUGGAACAUCUCUGGAAAAAGUUGCAGGAUCCAAAUAACCCUGUCAUCAUCAGGCAAGCUGCUGCAAAUUACAUUGGAAGCUUUUUGGCAAGAGCUAAAUUUAUUCCUCUUAUCACUGUGAAGUCAUGCCUGGAUCUUUUGGUUAACUGGCUGCACCUGUACCUUAAUAGCCAGGAUUCGGGAACAAAGGCUUUUUGUGAUGUUGCACUCCAUGGACCAUUUUAUUCAGCCUGCCAAGCUGUGUUCUACACUGUUGUUUUUAGACACAAGCAACUUUUGAGUGGCAACCUGAAGGAAGGUCUACGGUAUCUUCAGAGUCUAAAUUUUGAACGCAUUGUGCUGAGCCAGCUGAACCCACUGAAGAUCUGCCUGCCACGUGUGGUUAAUUUCUUUGCUGCCAUAACAAAUAAAUACCAGCUUGUGUUCUGCUACACCAUCAUGGAGAGGAACAAUCGCCAGAUGCUCCCUGUUAUUCGAAGUACAGCUGGUGGAGACUCUGUGCAGACCUGCACCAACCCAUUGGACACUUUCUUUCCCUUUGACCCUUGUAUGCUUAAGAGGUCAAAGAAGUUCAUCGAUCCUGUCUAUCAGGCUUGGGAAGACAUGAGUGAUGAAGAGCUGCAGGAGCUUAGGAAACCCACUAGAAAGGAGCUAGUGGAGGAUGAAGACGAUGACUUUUUGAAAGGCGAAGUGCCCCAGAGUGACACAGUGGCUGGCCUUACCCCGAACUCCUUUGACACCCACUUUCGAAGUCCUUCCAGUAGUGUGGGCUCCCCUCCUGUGCUGUUUAUGCCAGACCAAUCUUCGCUCCUCUCAAGGAUCUGUGAUUGAGCUACGCUGUUCUCCCCAGGGCACUGUGCCCCACCACUGAUCCCGCAUUGAACUAGUCUAUGCCUCGUGUCCAGCCUCCAUGUUGGACUUCAGCCAGCAUCUGAAGGGCCCCAGGUUGUGUGUGUUUGCAGUUUGCUCCCUGUGGACAUAAGGAAAGAUUGAGUGUCAUGUGCAAUAUUUCACAGUGAACAGAGCAAUCUGUGCCUACAGCCUUCUAAUUGCUGGCUCCAUGCUACAUCAGCCUCACCUGGCAGGUGGCCUUCUGACAGGUUCCUUUUUGUUAGACCCACAAUCACAUGACUUUGUUGGUCUUGUUUUGGGGACAUAUCCUCCAGGAUCAGCACUGCCUGUGAAUACUUUUAACUGUGUCCUGCUUACAGUGGCAUGAUGGUUUCCUUUUGACUAGAAGUCUAUUUGUGUUGUAGGGUGCAUGGGGAGAGGCCAGCCAGAGGUGGGGCUGAACUUUACCAAGGGGACACAAAGGACUGCAGAGAAGCCAGGUGGGCAGAGAGCAUUCAGAGAAUCACAAAAAGGCACUUAUUCAGGAUUCCACGUCAGCACAGCUGCAGCAGCCAUGGUUCAGGCUGACUGAAGCGGACCUGGGUGUCUGUCAACAUUCAUUCCACAGUUUGCACAACAUGGACUCAAGCCAGAAGAGCUGUCUUAUACUAAACAGCCAGCCUUGCUCUGUAGCAGGUGUGUUUGAGGACUGUGGAAGUUGCCUUCCCUUGUAUCCUUACAUGUAAACUUGUGUAUUUGUGAAAAUAUCCCUUUAAGUAUAUUUAAUUUUUUGCCACUUAUAUUUAUUUAAAGGGAAGUGAUAUUUUCUUGGUCACAAUAUUUUUUAAUGGAAUUCUUCUCAAGGUUUAUAUACUCCUGUGUAAUGAGACUGAUGCAGAGCCCUGGAUUUUAGUCUGCCUAUGAAUACCUUUUUGAAUCAGGAAAACUUUAUUGCUUUAAAAAGCUUUUAUAAGAGGCAGGCAAAUCCCUGAGUCCCAGGCCAGCUUUGGUGGCAAGUCACUAGGAAACCUCAAGAUUCUAUAUGUCUUUCUUUUACAGUGUAGUCCUGGCUAUCCUGGAAAUCACUAUGUAGCUCAGGCUGGCCUUGAACUCAGAGAUCUAGUUGCCUCCAACUCUGGAGUGCAGGGAAUUUGCACCACCACUGCCUGGUUCAAGGUUCUUACUUAACUGCUGACAGAAAAUGCAAUGAAAUUGCAUCUGUAGAUUCUGACGGGAUGUCAGGUUUGGACAGUAGCUAGAAUGUAGAAGGUAUGUUGACAAAUAAGCCUCUUGGAGUAUAAAGGAGUUUGAGGGGAAAAAUCUAUUGUGAAAAUGAAAGAACAGCCUAGCUCACCUGAGGCCUCCCUGUUCACAGCCAAUGCAGGCUUUAAUAAAAAGACUCAGCCAUGCC